GCAAGAAAUGCCUGAAAUGGCGGGCCUUACUGACGUCUUCCGCAACCAUGUGCAAGUCAUUGAGAGCCACAGUACUCGAUAUGUCCUGAGUUCGUCCCUUACCGGGGAUCUCUGGAUCGUCCAGCUUGUGGGAGAGUCGCACCUUUACGAAGCGCGUUUAGCGAAUUCAGACCAAGAAAGUUUGUUAUCAGAUACGCAUCAAAGUACUCGUUUUGAAACUGCCUGGAGGGCCCGAGAUAUCGCUAUUAUCGAAAGGAGCGGACGGUCUGCUGAAUUGAUAGUCGACCCGAUUGCUACAUACCCAUUCAAAAUUCAAUUGAAAGGAAAGGAGUAUGAGACAUUUGAAGCUCUCAGGAACUUGCUUCUAUUAUUGGCUGAUGCUUCAAUUGGGAGGCCGCAUACCGAUGCAUUUCCAAGAGCCGAUGAAAGGAUAAGACAGUUGGAAGAUGAACUGCAAGCUGCCAAGAGAGAACUGGAAAGAAUAAAAGGAAUGGCAUCCAACCUGACAAUGGACAUAGGCCCGUCAAAACGUAGCGCACCGGUGAAAAAAGCAAGCAUGGCAAAGAGCCUGGUAAAUCCUAGAGUGAAAAUGAAGGUUGCAAAGGGCACGGAAUUCGGAAGCGACACGGAUGACGAAGAGUAAUAUCCGCUACAAGAAGAUUGACAUACUACUUGGAGAGUAUUGCACAGAGCGGGAGAAAUGUAUUGUGGUUAUGAAUACAUGGGGACGCCAUCCCUUCAGUUGCCUCCUCGG